AUGCGUCCCGGGACGUCGAGGGUGCCCUGGACGCUGUCCUGGGGGAUUCUGCUCUGCGCCGCGGGGUCCGCGAGUUCCACGAGCUCGGGGGACUCGGUGCCGGAUGGAGUCUGCUGGGCUUUGAACAGAGAAGAACCCGGCUGCAGCCAGGUGAUACAGGUGGAUGUGAGCCGGGCUGAGUGCUGUGCCUCUGGGAGCACGAAUUAUGCCUGGUCCAACUCUAACCACACCUUGACCCAGUUAGGCCUGGUGAAUUACCUGGGUGAGCUCUCGUGUAAACCAUGCAAAGAUUCCUGCGACGGCGUGCGGUGCGGCCCGCACGAGGAGUGCCGCAUGCUGAAAGGCUUCCCGACCUGCGUGUGCGCCCCCAACUGCACGGGGCUCCAGGCGAACGUGUCCGUGUGCGCCUCGGAUGGCAAUACCUACCGGGACGAGUGCGAGCUGUUGCACACACAGCAAUGCCGCGGGCACUCGGAAGUGCAACUCAUGUAUCGCAGCAGCUGCCAAGUGUCCUGCGAGAAUGUGGUGUGCGAGCCUCCGCUGUCGUGCCUGACCGAUGUUUCCGGCCGAGCAUACUGCGUGACCUGUGGACGCCGGCCCUGCCCCAUACCCACCGUUCCCGGCCACGAGGUUUGCGGUAAAAACAACGUCACCUACCUCUCCCCGUGCCACCUGCGCCGAGCCACCUGUCUCCUGGGCCGUUCUAUAGGCAUUCGCCACCAGGGCAGAUGCAGAGACCUGGGAACCCACCACCGGGGAGCCACCGAUCCCUGGGGAGCCAACGUCCACCGUGUACUGAGAUGAGGAGAAAAACUUCGUGUGAGCCGCUGGCGGCCGGGUCUGGCACGUGAGGCCGGCCUUCAUCUAUUUAUUGCUACAGAAUCAGAAUCUAAUUUAUGUCCCCUCCCCCCUUUCCACCCCCCACUCCCUGUACCUGGCCUGGGAUCCCCAAGCACCAUGACAAAGGAUGACAAAGGAUGGAGGGAAGGAAGCCUAAGAAGGGACGAUGGAAGUGCGGCCUGCCGGAAAUACCCAAUCUCCAUCCCUGGGACCUGAUGCCCAGAGGACCCUAGGGUGCUUCUGCCCCCCUUGGGGAUGGCUAUUAAUUAUUCCCACCACCAGCAAGAGGGUGCCCUGAAGGUUCUGAUCUGUACCAAGGGUCUGUUUGCUGUUCUAGCCCUGACUCAGGCCCUAGGUGAAAUAUUGAGGGAUCAGGUCCUUCAUAAUGCCCUCCUCACCCUGAACUCCAGGUUCUUGACCUCCCACUACCUCUAUUUACCCUCUAUAUCCUCAAGAGAUGCUCAGUGUAUCCUUCCAAGCUGGGGUCCCAUCUGUGCCUACUGACGAAGGCCUGAUUUGGCCACAGAACUGCCCAAGGGCUUCCUUAAUCCCCCUCCCCAUUCACCUGGGGAUUAGAUGUGGGUGGUCAGCACAGGGUGCUGUCCAGUGGUGCCAAGUCUCCUUAAGGUGAGGCCUGAGGUGUGAUGUGGAUACCAGGGCCUGCUGCACAGGACAUCUUGGAGAAGCCCUUGCUGCUAUCCUCAGGCCUUCACACCAGUCCCCACAUUGCCCACCAGUCCAGCUGUGAGUGGUCGUCCCAGCCUGGUGCUGUUCUGAGCCUGUUCUGUGAGAUUCCUAACCUUCUAUCCAGACAGCGCUGUUUCCCAGAAUCACCCUCUUGUGCCUUCCUGAAGACCACAGGCUCAGACCCAAUAGGAGGAAGACCACCCCCUCCCCAGAUCAGGGUGAAAAGUUUCCACCCACCCCCUCUAGCUCCAGGCCACACUUUUUUUUUGGAGGGGUCGGGUCAUAUGGC